UUGAAGCAGCUUGGAACUUGGCUAUGGUUCCAGACCGGGUAUACUGUAUUAAAGGGAGCUAUACUUCAUCUCAAUUUAGCUGUGUUGCAUGCACUGUCCUCGACCUAGACUAUUUGCUAUUAUUAAGCAGAGUACUACCUGCGUUAUCCAAAAGUAACAACUCAGCAAACACACCAAGUCUAUUUUAAAAAGGACAGUUGGGCUAUAAAUUAGGUAUCCUUAUUCUUGGGGAUAGACUAUUUUCUGCAAAGUGAGUUGUAUCUUAGCCUGUGCUCCUCUGUUUUCUCAAGGGGAGCGAGCCACUGCAGUAGCGGUAUGAGAGUCCAAGAAAAAGAGAAUGGCAUAAACCGAGAAGAGAUGCACAGAGGAGAGAAGUGAUCUGGCUACCACGGAACUCAGUGCAGACGAAGUCUAUUGUCUGCAAUCUGUACUCUACUCUCUACAGUUGGGUUUUGCCGCUGCCAAUGAAAAUGAAGACGGUAUGCAGAUGGAUUGGUCAAGACAAGCUUCCAAUAUAGAUCUAGAUCUAUAGAUCUGCUGCAUGGGAUGUGUUUGAAGAGACUGACUGAUCUACUGCUGGAUUCUAGCAUCACCACCACCCAUGAUUAGUGGCUGACAUGAGCUCAGAGGGAAACACCAGUGAGGUCUGGAAGUGUCAGUUGCCCUCAGGAGGAAGCUGAGUGUCUCUGAGACAUUCUCUGUGUGAGACCUGGAUGAGACGAGAAGAGAAGGAGAAGUAGUGAUAACAUUUCCCACACAGAGGACCUAAAACCAUGGGCUUGUUAUGGUGCCAGGCACGCCGGACUGAAGUGUGUUCCUAGCCCAUCAGUAGCACCACCACCCCCCUCAACCCUCCUCCCCCCAACCCCAUGUCAGACCUUUCUCUAAAUGAUGGACAUUUUGUGGAAGACGCUGACUUGGAUAUUGAUAUUGAGCCUGGUGGUGGUCAUGGCUUCCUCUGAAUUUCAAAGACUUUCGCACAACUCACAAGACGAGUACCUGUCCUACUUGCAGCACUACCAGCUGACUGUGCCAGUGCGAGUGGACGAGAACGGGGACUUCCUCAGCUACACUGUGAAACAUCACAAGCCCGGUCGCAGGAGACGAACCGCYGACGCCACCAACACCACCAUCGGCCCAGAGCCAACCGACCACGCCGAACAGGACCCGGCCCAGUCCCGGCUCUUCUACAGACUGUCGGCUUACGGAAAGCACUUUCACUUAAACCUGACCCUCAACCCCCACCUGGUGUCCAAACAUUUCACGGUGGAGUACUGGGGGAGAGAGGGCCUGGAGUGGAGACAUGACAUGGUGGAGAACUGCCACUAUGUAGGAUACCUGCAGGAUCAGUACAGCUCCACCAGAGUAGCGCUCAGUAACUGUAAGGGCUUGUUUUGA